AUGAAAAAUGGAGCAGCAAGACUGCGAGAGAAGCGGCGAAAGCAAGUUGAAAAGUACAUGCGCAAAGCAGGCCCAGAAAAAUACCACGACCUUCUAAUUCUAGACUUCGAUGUGGGAUGCAAGAGGCGAAUAUUCGACCCCGGGUAUCUUGAAUCGCUACACAACGAUAAAGUCCUUCUAACCGACGCAAAAACCGAGGAGAUUACAGAAGACGGUAUCGAGACAGACAAAGGCUUUAUUCCAGCGGACAUAAUAAUUCUCGCGACAGGCUUCCAAACGAACAAGUUCCUUCCCUACAUGGAUGUGGUCGGGUGCAACGGCGAGAAUGUAUCACAACACUGGACUAAAUAUGACGGCCCAGCCGCGUAUAACUGUUCUGCGCUGAGUGGCUUUCCAAAAUUCUUCAUGCUCCUUGGACCUAAUACUGCUACCGGACAUACGUCGGCCAUGAUAGCUGCCGAGAACUCAAUUAACUACGCUCUUCAUAUUUUGAAGCCUGUUCUGGAUGGUGACGCCCUAUCGGUUGAUCUGAAGCCUGAAGCUGAGCAUGACUACGUUUACUUGGUACAGGACGCAUUGAGUAAGCGUGUUUGGAACGCAGGCUGUGUAUCGUGGUAUCGUAAUGAUACCAAAUGGGACUCCAUGUUUUAUCCUUGGACUCAAGGCCACUACUGGUGGCGGAGUCUUUUUCCCAUCUGGUCCGAUUGA